UAGUCAUGUUUAAACGGGCAUACCUGUAUGCCUGUACGGCACCUACACCAAAUGCUGACGUCAACGAAGAAGGCGACGUCACGCCAACAACAUUAGAUAGCGAAACAGAAACGAAAAAUAUAUCUAAAAGAGGAAUAGUAGAUGAACAGAUAUCUGUGCAAAAGAUAGACGAUGAAUCGCAUGAAAGGAAAACAUUCAUAACGUUCGCACCAAAAGGAAAGGUGGCAAUGUGUAAAGCCUGCAAAGGCAAAACUAUGCUCAACGAAAACAGCAUAGAUAAACAUCUUAAUAGCAAGGCACAUAAAAGGAAAGUGAAGAUGUUCGCAAAGGAUACAGAAGACGCAGAUAAAACGAGAAAAGAAUUCUUGAAAAGAAUGGAAUCAGUGGAAAAUAGGAUGAUGCUAUAAAAUGCACAUGCAGUUUGAUACGAAAA